ACUUUUUGUAUCGAAGGAAUCAACAGCCGCCAUCUUGUCGUGGCUCGGAAUUAGGAUUUCGGUGGAUCACAAAUUUGUAUUUAGAAAUUGAGCAUCCAAACCGAGGUUUGACGGCAAUCUUCCCCUGAAAACGAAGUAUUUUAACCUUUUCUUAAGUAUUUUUGAUGAAAAAAUGGGAAUUCGAUCGGUCAUCGUCGGCAAGAAUACCCCGUAUAUCUGAUUUCCCCUUAAGUGCGGCGCUCGAGCUCCUAUCGCCGUUCGGAGCAGUAUUGUUUACCGGGGAUAACCGGAGAAGAGACAGCCUCUUACUGACAGUUUUCCGAAAAUAUAUAUAUAUUUUUGCAGUUGUGCAUUUUAUGGAGCUUCAAACCAUUUUUGCAUGAAGACAUUUGACGUCAAAAAUGAGCUGUUUGAACAUCUAAAAUUAGCGAUUUAUGGGACAGGAAUACAAUCCAUGUUAAUGUUUUUAGAUUUACAUUUUCCGUACAUUUUCCAUGGGAUUUUUUUAUUGGGGUUAUUUAACGAUAAUGUGGGUGUUGGUUGUUGGAUUAUCAUGGGUUGAAUGGCGGUGGCGAAGCGGGGCGCUGUUGCAUCUUUUUUGAAAUUUUCACCCUCACUGCUAGAAAAUUAGCCAGUUAGCCAACGUUAGUGAGCAAACCGCUUGCUAACGUGCUAACUAGAGAAAGGUGGAGGUUGUCAGAACAACCUGUUCUGUCCCAGGAAUUUCCCUUUUUCAAAUAAUUAAAUAAGAAAUCCAUUAAAGAUCACAAUGGCUGAAAACCUGCUCGACAUCGGACCUCCCAACUCAAAGCGACCGAAGCUGAAUUCACCUGCGCUGUCAGCGUCAGAUGGACCAGUGGAUCUAGGCUCCUUAUCAUGGGACGACCUGGAGAACGACCUGCCAGACGAGCUGAUCCCCAAUGGAGGCUCUGGCAUGGGGGGUAUGACAGGGGGCUCCAUGCCCUCCAAUGGGGGUAAUGCCAACCCUGGGGGUCCUGGACCUCUGGGCUCCAAGGUCCCGGACGCAGUGGCCAAGCACAAGCAGCUGUCAGAACUCCUCCGGGUGGGUAGUGCCUCUGGUCUCACUGGGGGUGCUGGAGGAGGGACUCAGCCCGGUGGCAUUGGGGGUCAGUUGGGUGCAGCACACGGGAAGAGCUCCUUGGGUCAAGGGUCACCGAAAGCGGGUACCGGACAGAACUUCAACCAGUCUCUGGGGGGCCACGCCGGGAUGUUAGCCCAGGGUGGGCAGCACCAGCCGGGCCAGGUGAUAAACGGAGGCCUGGGGCUGGGUCCUGGAGGUGGACGAGGCCGGGGGCAGUACCAGGCCAUGCAGGGGGCACCAGGAGGAGGAGCGGGCAGCUCGCUGGCAGAGACCCUCACACAGCAGGGCGGACCGCAGGUGGGCGCUGCCACCCUGAAUGUUGCCGCCGCCGCCGCCCAGCAGGCGGGCAACAUUAACAAGUUGGGCCUGGGCAGUAACGGUGGCAGUCCGUUUGGUGGUCAGUACGGCCAGGGGGGGCCAGGGCAGGCGGUGAACCCCCAGCAGCUUCAGAACAAGGCAGCACCCCUUACUGCCGUCACCAGCGUGCCAAACCUGUCUCAGCUCCAGCAGCAGCCCGGGCAGCAGGUGCCCUCGGUGGGCAUGGUCCCCGUGCCCAGCAGUGUCUCCAUCUCUGGCCCCACGGCCGACCCGGAGAAGCGCAAACUGAUCCAACAGCAGCUGGUGCUCCUGCUCCAUGCCCACAAGUGCCAGCGGCGCGAGCAAGCCAAUGGGGAGGUGCGGGCCUGCGCCCUGCCACACUGCCGCACCAUGAAGAAUGUCCUCAACCACAUGACCCACUGCCAGGCUGGCAAGUCCUGCCAGGUGGCUCACUGUGCGUCAUCCAGACAGAUCAUCUCACACUGGAAGAACUGUACGCGGCACGACUGUCCUGUCUGCCUGCCGCUAAAGAACGCCAGUGACAAGAAGAACCAGCAACCCUUGCUGAGUUCCCCCAACGCUGCCCUCCAGAACUCCCUGGCCUCUGUGUCUCUGGCCCCCCCCAGCGCUCCCUCCCUCAACACCCCCACCCCCAUCGACCCCUCCUCCAUGCAGAGGGCCUACGCUGCCCUGGGCCUGCCGUACAGCAACCAGACCGCCACCCCCGGUCAGACCCCCCCAGGGGGACAGAACGCUACCCAGGGGCAGCAUCCACAGCUGAUGAGACCCAUCAAUACACUAGGUAACCAGAUGGCUCUGGGGGGCGGGGCGAUGGGCGUGGCCUCGUCAGAUCAGACCAACCUGCACUCAGACUCUCUCAACGCCAACAAUCAGCUGCUGUCCGGCGGGUCAGGUGUUGGCUCCAUGGGGGGUAGCCUGCCCACCGCCGCCCCCCUCUCAGCAUCGGGAGUCAGGAAGACCUGGCAUGAACACGUCACUCAGGACCUCCGCAACCACCUCGUCCACAAACUAGUACAAGCCAUUUUCCCCACCCCAGAUCCGGCAGCUCUAAAGGAUAGGCGGAUGGAGAACCUGGUGGCAUACGCUAGGAAGGUCGAGGGGGACAUGUACGAGUCUGCCAACAGCAGGGAUGAAUACUACCACUUCCUGGCAGAGAAGAUCUAUAAAAUCCAGAAGGAGCUGGAGGAGAAGAGGAGGUCUCGGCUCCAGAAACAGAUCAUCAACCAGGGGCCUCUGACGGCUGCAGGAGCCCAACAGCAGCCUGGAGGUCUCCCGCAGCCCAACACCCUGGGCCCUGGGCAGUCUGUUAGGCCACAGAAUGGGCCUGUGUCUAUGCCCAAUGUGCCAAAUCAGAUCAUGAAUCGCAUGCAAAUUGUUCAAGGGCUCAGUCAGUUCAGCCCCAUGGCCCUGCCCAACAUCCAGAUGUCCCAGCAGCCUCUAGGGCCCCGUGCCGCCUCCCCCAUGAACCAUCCCACACAGAUCAACAUGGGCUCCGUCCCCUCCAUGGGUCUGUCUCCCUCGCGGAUGCCACAGGCCCAGGGCAUGCUGGGAUCCCACGGCGGCGGCAGCAUGGUGGGCCAGACAGCCAAUCAAAAUAGUCAAUUCCAUCCCCCUCAGACCCCAUUUCCCCCCUCUGCCUCCGGUGCCAUGAAUGCUAACAACCUGGGUCUAGGCCAGCCCCCAGCACAGGCUGCUGUCACACAGCAGCAGUCGCCGCAGCAGCAGCAGAGUGCUAACCUCCCUAUGAGUGCACUUGGUCCCCUGGGCCCCCAGCUCCCGUCCCAGCCCCCCCCGCGCUCUACUCCUCCACCCUCUUCCUCCACAGGGGGGCCCACUACUAACCUGCAGCCCCCCAAGCCCUCCAGCCGCAGCUCAACCCCCACCCUUUCCACCCCCGGUCCUGGUCCUUCCAACACCCCUCCCCGCCCAAACCUGACCCAGACCCAGCCUCCUCAACCCCAGCCACAUACUCCCCUCCAGCCACAGACUCAGUCCCAACCCCAACCGGAGCUUCCUACAGUGCAGCCCCCGACCACGCCGCUUUCUCAGACAGGUGCCAGUCUGGAUAACCGGGUGCCCACCCCAGCUUCUGCCGCCAGCGGCGACUUGCAUUCGCACUCCCAGCAUGCUUUGCCUGACCUGCCGGCCCAGGAGACCAAGGCCGAGCUGCAGCUUAGGGACCAGCGGGAGUUUGAGUCGGCCAGUGGCAAGAACGAGCCCAAGAUGGAGACUGAGGAGGACUCUGGUUCCCUGUCAGUGAAGGAGGAGCCAGAAGAGAAGCAGGUGCCAAUGGAGACUGAGGAGAAGAAGCUGGAGAUGAAGACUGAGCCCAAAGAGGAGGAGGGGGGAGGAGCCAACGGCACAGUGUCCUCAUCCCCUUCUCAGUCACGGAGGAAAAUCUUUAAGCCAGAGGAGCUGCGCCAGGCCCUCAUGCCCACCCUAGAGUCUCUUUACAGACAGGACCCAGAGUCUCUACCCUUCAGACAGCCUGUAGACCCCAUGGUACUGGGCAUCCCAGUGAGUACACACUACAGACAGGACCCAGAGUCUCUACCCUUCAGACUGCCUGUAGACCCCAUGGUUUUGGGCAUCCCAGUGAGUACACACUACAGACAGGACCCAGAGUCUCUACCCUUCAGACUGCCUGUAGACCCCAUGGUACUGGGCAUCCCAGUGAGUACACACUACAGACAGGACCCAGAGUCUCUACCCUUCAGACAGCCUGUAGACCCCAUGGUACUGGGCAUCCCAGUGAGUACACACUACAGACAGGACCCAGAGUCUCUACCCUUCAGACAGCCUGUAGACCCCAUGGUACUGGGCAUCCCAGUGAGUACACACUACAGACAGGACCCAGAGUCUCUACCCUUCAGACAGCCUGUAGACCCCAUGGUACUGGGCAUCCCAGUGAGUACACACUACAGACAGGACCCAGAGUCUCUACCCUUCAGACAGCCUGUAGACCCCAUGGUACUGGGCAUCCCAGUGAGUACACACUACAGACAGGACCCAGAGUCUCUACCCUUCAGACAGCCUGUAGACCCCAUGGUACUGGGCAUCCCAGUGAGUACACACUACAGACAGGACCCAGAGUCUCUACCCUUCAGACAGCCUGUAGACCCCAUGGUACUGGGCAUCCCAGUGAGUACACGCUACAGACAGGACCCAGAGUCUCUACCCUUCAGACAGCCUGUAGACCCCAUGGUACUGGGCAUCCCAGUGAGUACACACUACAGACAGGACCCAGAGUCUCUACCCUUCAGACAGCCUGUAGACCCCAUGGUACUGGGCAUCCCAGUGAGUACACACUACAGACAGGACCCAGAGUCUCUACCCUUCAGACAGCCUGUAGACCCCAUGGUACUGGGCAUCCCAGUGAGUACACGCUACAGACAGGACCCAGAGUCUCUACCCUUCAGACAGCCUGUAGACCCCAUGUUGCAGGGCAUCCCAGUGAGUACACACUACAGACAGGACCCAGAGUCUCUACCCUUCAGACAGCCUGUAGACCCCAUGGUACUGGGCAUCCCAGUGAGUACACACUACAGACAGGACCCAGAGUCUCUACCCUUCAGACAGCCUGUAGACCCCAUGGUACUGGGCAUCCCAGACUACUUUGACAUCGUGAAGAACCCCAUCGACCUGUCCACCAUAAAGCGUAAGCUGGACACAGGUCAGUACCAGGAACCCUGGCAGUACGUGGAAGACAUCUGGGUCAUGUUCAACAACGCCUGGAUCUACAACCGCAAGACGUCCCGCGUCUACAAGUUCUGCUCUAAGCUGGCCGAGGUGUUUGAGCUGGAGAUAGACCCCGUUAUGAUGAGCCUUGGCUACUGCUGCGGCCGCAAGUAUGAGUUCUCUCCUCAAACUCUCUGCUGUUAUGGUAAGCAGUUGUGCACCAUACCCACCGGCGGCAUCUACUACAGCUACCAGAACAGGUAUCAUUUCUGUGAGAAGUGCUUCAAUGAGAUCCAGGGGCACAAUGUGACGUUAGGGGACGACCCGGCACAACCACAGACAAUGAUAUGUAAAGACCAGUUUGAGAGGAAGAAGAACGAUACACUAGACCCUGAACCGUUUGUUGACUGUAAAGAUUGCGGACGGAAGAUGCAUCAGAUAUGUGUUCUACACUAUGACGUCAUCUGGCCAUCCGGAUUCAUCUGUGACAACUGUUUGAAGAAGAGUGGGAAAACACGGAAAGACAACAAGUUUUCUGCAAAACGGUUGCAGACGACACGGUUGGGCAUGUACAUCGAGGACCGGGUGAAUAAGUAUCUGAAGAGGCAGAACCACCCUGAGGCAGGGGAGGUGUACGUACGAGUGGUGGCCAGCUCUGACAAAACUACAGAGGUCAAACCUGGCAUGAAAUCCAGGUUUGUGGACACCGGUGAGAUGUCUGAGACCUUCCCCUACAGAACCAAAGCGCUUUUCGCCUUUGAGGAGAUCGACGGCGUGGAUGUGUGUUUCUUCGGGAUGCACGUUCAGGAGUACGGCUCGGACUGCUCCUUCCCCAACACCAGACGGGUUUACAUAUCUUACCUGGACAGUAUUCACUUCUUCAAACCUCGACUGCUAAGGACGGCCGUCUAUCAUGAGAUCCUUAUUGGCUACCUGGAGUAUGUAAAGAAACUCGGCUACUCUCAGGGUCACAUCUGGGCGUGCCCCCCCAGCGAGGGGGACGACUACAUCUUCCACUGCCACCCUGCCGACCAGAAGAUCCCCAAGCCCAAGAGGCUGCAGGAGUGGUACAGGAAGAUGCUGGAGAAGGCCUUCGCUGAGAGGAUCCUUCAUGACUUCAAGGACAUCUUCAAGCAGGCGACAGAGGACUGUCUGACGGGGGCCAACGAGAUGCCCUACUUCGAGGGGGACUUCUGGCCCAACGUGCUGGAGGAGAGCAUCAAGGAGCUGGAACAGGAGGCGGAAGAAAGGAAGAAGGAGGAGAACGUAGCCUGCUCCGACACACCUGAGGGCACGCCGGGGGACACGAAGAACGCCAAGAAGAAGAACAGCAAGAAGACCAAUAAGAACAAGGGCAGUGUGAGCCGAACCAAUAAGAAGAAGCCUGGCAUGCCGAAUGUAGCCAAUGACCUGUCCCAGAAGCUCUACGCCAGCCUCGACAAACACAAAGAGGUGUUCUUUGUGAUCCACCUGCACUCGGCCCAGAUGGCCAACAUGUUGCCCCCCAUCAUUGACCCUGACCCCCUGCUGAACUGUGACCUGAUGGACGGCCGCGACGCCUUCCUCACCUUGGCCCGGGACAAGCAUUGGGAGUUCAGCUCUCUCAGGAGGUGUAAGUGGAGCACCAUGUGCAUGUUGGUGGAGCUGCACAACCAGGGUCAGGACCGCUUCGUCUACACCUGCAACGAGUGUAAACACCACGUGGAGACACGCUGGCACUGUACUGUCUGUGAGGACUUUGAUCUGUGUAUCAACUGCUACGCCGCCAAGGGCCACGAGCACCAGAUGGUCAAGUGGGGCCUGGGGCUGGACGACGACGGCAAUGGAGCGGGCGGCGCCGGCGAGGCCUCUAAGAGCCCCCAGGAGUCACGCCGUCUCAGCAUCCAGCGUUGCAUCCAGUCCCUGGUUCACGCCUGCCAAUGUCGCAACGCCAACUGCAGCCUGCCGUCCUGCCAGAAGAUGAAGCGCGUGGUGCAGCACACCAAAGGUUGCAAGAGGAAGACCAACGGUGGUUGCCCCGUGUGCAAGCAGCUCAUCGCUCUGUGCUGCUACCAUGCCAAGCACUGCCAGGAGAACAAGUGUCCUGUACCGUUCUGUCUUAACAUCAAGCACAAGCUUAGGCAGCAGCAGCUCCAGCACCGCUUACAGCAGGCUCAGAUGAUGAGGAGAAGAAUGGCCACCAUGCAGGGAAGAGCAAUGCCCCAGAGCUUACCGUCCCCCCCCUCAGGCCCCACUACAACUCCCAACACCACCCCCUCACACCCCCAGCCAAACACACCCCAAACCCCCCAACAACCGCUUUCGAACCAGCCACAGACCCCAAACGCUGCAGGUAUGUCACCAGUGUUCCCUCCUCGCAACGGUCAUCCCCUAACGCCAGCUUCCCAGGGCAAGGGGGGACCUCAAGCGUCUCCUUUACAUCAGCAGCAGUCACCUCUCCCCCCGCAACCUCCCCAACCUCAGCCACCCCCUCAACCUCAACAACCUUCUCAACAACAACCCCCUCUCGCUCCGGUCACGAUUGCGCAGCACAUUGCGAUGGUGCUCCAGUCGCAGCAGCAGAACCAGCAGAACUACCGGGUCAACAUGAACGGCCUGCCACUGCACCAGCAGAACCCCCAGCCUCACCCCCAGCAGCAGCAACGCAUGGCUGGACCCAUGCAAGUGGUUGGGGGUCAAAUGGUGGGACCCAGAGCGCCCCAGGGCAUGCAGCAGCCCAUGGCCCCAGGUCAGUGGCCCAGCUCUGGGGGAGCCAUAGCGGGAGCUCAGCCUGGACAACCAGGAGUUGGAGUCCCUCCUCAGGUGGGUCAACCCCAGCAGGGGAUACCGAUGCAACAGAGACCCAUGAUGUCUCCUCAGCAACAAGCUCAGAGGAUGCUAGGCCCCCAGACGGGAGGUCCCAGACUCCAGACACCAUCCCAGAGACCCGGGGCCAUCGCCCCCAAUGCCCUCCAGGACCUCCUGAUGACCCUCAAGUCCCCCAGCUCACCCCAGCAGCAGCAGCAGGUCCUCAACAUCCUGAAGUCCAACCCCCAGCUCAUGGCGGCAUUCAUCAAACAGAGAACGGCCAAGUACCACGCCAGCAACCCCCUGCAACAACAGCAGCCAGGGAUGUUGGGAGCCCAGCCGGCGAUGCAGGCUGGGGCCGGGGGGGGCCAGAGGCCCGGGAUGCCCCCUCAGCAGCCUCAACAACCCACCGCCCAGGGGCAACUCAUGAACCCUGGACACAACCCCCAACCCAACGCUGCCCAGAUACAGGAGCUCUACCGGAGACAGCUCCUUCGGCAACAACAACAGCAGCAGCAACAGCAGCAACAGCAGCAACAGCAGCAACAGCAGCAACAGCAGCAACAGCAGCAACAGCAGCAACAGCAGCAACAGCAGCAACAGCAGCAGCAACAGCAGCAACAGCAGCAGCAGCAGCAGCAGCAGCAGCAGCAGCAGCAACAGCAGCAACAGCAGCAGCAGCAGCAGCAGCAGCAGCAGCAGCAGCAGCAACAACAGCAGCAGGCCCAUCCAGGUCAGUUCCCUCCCCAGACCCAAGGCCAGACGGCCAGCUACUCUCAGCUCCGCAUGCAGCAGCUAACCAUGCAUUCCCAGGUCCAGCACCCUCCCAUGGCCCAGAUGGGUCAAUCUGGCCUGGGCAUGGACCCCAUCUCCACCACCCAGAACCUCUUGCACCAGCGGAUGCUCCAGCAACAACAGCAGGGUAUCUCUAACCAACAUGCCAUCCUCAAGCAGCAGAUGGGCGGCUCCCCGGUCCUGCCUAGCCCCACCAUGAGUCCCCAGGCCCACCUGCUGGUCAGCCAGCCCCAGCCUGGAGCUCACCUCACUGGCCAGUCCCCCAUGGCCAAUGCCCUCUCCAACCGGUCCCCUGCACCUGUACAAUCCCCGUGCCCGCCCUCGCAACAACCCCCACAUUCCAGCCCUUCGCCCCAGGUUCAGCCCUCAUCCCACCCGGGGUCCCCCCACCCGGGCUUGGGGGGCCCCAUGCCUGGCUCCAUGGACCAGGGACACUUGGCAGAGCAGAGCGCUAUGCUAUCGCAGAUGAGCACGCCCGCCAGAGGGUUGAAGAAUGACUUGGGCACGGGAGGGGAUACAACAGGAGAUACGCUGGAGAAGUUUGUGGAGGGAUUGUAGCAUUAAACAGGAGACUUGGGCUGUGUCCCAAAUACGUGACACCCUAUUCCCAAUUAGUGCACUAGGGCCCUGCUCAAAGUUAGUGCACUAUGUAGGGAAUAGGGUGCCAUGUGGGAUGCAUCCAGAAACAAACCACACUCUCCCCAUCCUCCACUGAUGUACUCGGACUCUGGGCCCGUCCCCUUUUUGAGGCUUUGUUCUUAAUGAAAAAUCUUUUUUUUCAUUUUUUUUUUUUUUUUUUUACUGACAUGUACAAAGUUUCAAGAGAUGUAAAAAGAGAGAAAAUGGGAUAAAAUGAAAAAUGCCAACACUUAUAGGGGAAUGUUGAUGUUUCUUCUUCCUAAUGAGUCGGGAUUUUGCAAAUUGCUGUUUAAGAGACGUUUAAAUCACAAAGAAUAUAUAUUUUUUUGGUUGUUUUAUUUGUUUGGUAUUUGGUAUGAUGUCAUGCCUUUUCCGUUUUCUUUUUUAAAGAAAAUGUACAAAACAAUUGCAUUAUAGUAUUCAUACUUUUCAUUUUGUACUUUUUUUUAAUUUCUUUUUUUAAGUAAAGCAUUUUUUUGUUUUGUGUUGAGACUGUAAAAUAUUUUUGUCUGGGAAUCGGAAUAGGUUUCUUUUCUCUUCUCAAGCUCUUCUCAUUCCUGGGACAUACAUCCAGAAAAUGUCUCCCUAUUCCCAAUAUAGUGUAGUGCACUAUAUAAGGAAUAGGGAGCCAUUCCAGAUGUAGCCCUGGCAAUUGUAAUCUAAAGUGUUGUACCAUUUUUAUAGAUCCACCUGCAUUUGAGAGGGAGGGACUCUUUUUCCUCUUUGUGACGUGUGUGUGUGUGUGUGUUCGAGGAGAACUAUCCAUUUGUAUUGAAAUAGGAAAUGGACUAUGGCAGUUUGUAAUACACUGGCAUGUAUGCAGAAACACUUGACACACACAUACACGGAAUGCCAAACUCUCAAAACACACACACGACAAAAUCUCACUAGCCUGGAAACCGGAAUCUGUCUUGACUUGCGGAUGUAGAAAAUUGUGGUUCUGUCAUUUAAAAAGUUUGUCAUUUGUUGUGUAAAGUUAAGUAUAUAAAGAGAACAGACAACCGACUCCUAUCCUGAGGGCGAAUGGGGGACAGAAGGAGUCUUAUCCUGAGGGGGAAUGGGGGACAGAAGGAGUCUUAUCCUGAGGGGGAAUGGGGGACAGAAGGACUCCUACCUGAGGGGGGAGUGGGUGUUCACUGCUUGACUGCUUGUUUGUUUUGAAAAGAGAGAAAUAAAUAAAUAGUCCAGCUGUCUAUCAACCCUCCAUCCUCAUUCCCCUCUCUCAAAAACACAAACUUGAAUAAAACUUGGGGUGGGUUAUGUUCUCCUAGCUCCAUAUUGUAAAUCAUGCAAGUUGUUAUUAAGCAAAAAUACUAUAAAUAUAAGGAAGAGCGAAUGAAAUCACUGUAUAAACUGGUUAAAGACUCAUUUCUUACUUAUAUACCAUAUUGUUAAAUAAACUGUGUGCAACAGAAAACACUUGGAGUUAUA